AUGCCCGAACAGAUUGUUUCUUCAUCUCCCGAGGUGGAAUUCAAGUCAUUCCAAGAUUGGAAUGGUGAUUGUCCUUCACUGACCCUGAUUCUCCACAACAACUCUUCUUCAUGGUGGAUCAAAGUUGAGAUAGCUUGGUCUCUACCAGAGUCGGUAUCAAAACUACGCUAUCUCAAGCGUCGCUCUAUGCUUCAAGAUUUCGUCAAUGCUAUUAAACUUAGCCAACUAGAUCUGAUGGACGAUACUAUGACUCGCAUCACUCUAACCUUGGCUGAGCGAAGCCAUGAUCCGAUCCCAAUUCGUCACGUUCGAAACGACUACCAGACAGGAACAAAUUACUAUUUGUCUGUCGCUCAUCGAAUAUCAUUCAACACUGGGGAAGACCCGGGGAGAAUUAUAUACCCAAUUCUUUACCAAUCUCAAGCCCUACCUACCUUUGAGGCUAGUCAACUAGAGCAUGACGAGGUCAUCGCUCCAACCGUCUCCAUUGUGCGUUUCAAGGAAGAACAGUUCGCAUACAAGAAGGUCGACCGUCCUAUCUAUGAACCAGGAGACACAGAACAUGUCCUAAACGAGAUUACCGCCCUCGCACAAUUUCGCGGACAGCCGAACAUCGCACAGCUAAUCGGGCUCGUUAUAUCCGAUACUCCAUACAAGACUCGUCCAUCAACAAUAUCGGCGCCGGUUAUUACGGGAUUUCUCCUUGAAUACUAUCCCGAAGGGACUCUUGAGCGAGUUCUCUCGGAGGAUAAAAAUCAAGAUGAUUCAUUGCUGAGACGAUGGACACUACAGAUUGGGAGAGCUUUGGGGAUGUUGCACGUACAGAGACGGACUCAUCUUGACAUCAAACCAUCGAAUCUCGUUUUUGACGCGAACAGGAAUGCCAUCCUUAUCGAUAUCAGUGGGACUGGUGGGUACGAAUGGGAAUGGCUCUCGCCGGAGAUGCAAAAGAUCAUUCAACAAAAAGCUGCGACAGCUCCUGCUAGUACACCGUUCGACAAACGUGUCGCUACAGACUGUUGGGCUUAUGGAAAAUUACUUUGCACUAUGGCCAGGAAAACUGGAUCCAGUACUUUCGGUAAGCUCUUACAGUCGGUCGGCGAUGACCUGACAAGGACGGACCCAAAUGCUCGUAUAUCACUAAGCGACGCUCUCGAAACCAUA